AUGAGCGAGGACAAAGCUCGCUCAACAAAGCUCAAAUUCAAGGGAGAGAAGGCUAAGAAGAAGCGCCAGCGGGAAGAUGGCGAUGAUGGGUCUAGUACUCGUCGUCGUCGCCGCAAAGAGGAUGAUGAUAACCCGGAUACUUGGGUGCUACCAGAGACUGCCCUCGAAAUCCGAGGACCGACUUUCAUCAUGCAUCCUUCUGAUCCAUCUCCAAUUUGCAUAACAUUUGACUCGACCCGAGGCCGUAUAAUCCUUCACACUCUCGACAAGGACAAGACUGAAGGACAGACCUCGCUGAACCUUCUCGAGCGUACGCCAACGGAAGUCUCACAGGUGUGGGUUACUACUCGUGUGGCCGGAUCACCUACAAUAAACUUGCGUACAGGAACCGGCGAGGGGAAGUUUCUGUCGUGCGACAAGCACGGGCUGGUAUCUGCGGAUCGUGAGGCUCGUGGGCCACAGGAGGAAUGGACGCCCAUAGUCUUCCCUGAUGGCAUGGUUGCGCUCCAGAAUGUCUAUGAGAAAUAUCUAAGCAUAGAUGAAGUGGCAGGCGGGUCAUUUUCUUUGCGUGGAGAUAGUGAAGAAGUGGGUUUUGCGGAGCGGUUUUGGGUCAAGAUUCAGAGCAAGUACAAGAAGGAGGCCUACGAAGAGGAAAAGAAGAAGAAGGAAGGUGUUACGGAAGACGGGAAGGCAAAUGAGGCCGGUACAAACAAAAUUUACCAAGCGUGGGGGGCUGGUAGGUCUGUUGUGUCUGUGGAAGACAAGAAAGAGUUGAAGCGAGCUCGUAAGGAAGGACGAUUGGCUGAAGCAUUGUUGGACCGGCGUUCCAAACUCAAAAGCGACCGAUUUUGUUAG